AUGUCAAAAUUCGAUCCCUACGAACACCUCAACGUCUCCCUCAACCACGAUGGUUCACUCACCCGCUACGUCAAACUCCCCACCUCCGCCGCCACCGGCGAGUCCCCCCAACACGCCGCCCACUCCGUCCUCAGCAAGGAUGUCACUCUCAACCCCGACAAGAAAACCUGGAUGCGACUUUACCGCCCUGCCAAGCUCCCCUCCAAUGACAAUUCCGUCGCCCGCCUCCCCAUCAUCCUCUUCUUCCACCCCGGUUCCUGGAUUUCCAUGAGCGUCGCCGAGAGCAUCAUCCACGAGAGCACCAACCGCGUUUCCUCCGAAGUCCCCGCCAUUGUCGUCGCCGUCGAGUUCCGUCUCGCUCCCGAGAGCCGUCUCCCCGCCCAGUAUGAGGACGCGAUCGAUGCCAUAUUGUGGGUCCGGACCCAGGCCGCUGAUCGUAUCCAUGGCGACCAGUGGAUCAGGGACUACGGCGAUUUCUCUAGGUGCUACCUCUACGGCUCGUGCUCCGGCGCGAACAUUGCCUUCAACGCCGCGCUACGGCUGCAGGAGCUGCAUAUUCAUCCGCUGAAAGUUGCUGGAAUCAUACUUAACCAGCCGUUUUUCGGAGCGAAGCAGCGGACGAAAAGCGAGCUAAAGCUAGCUACUGAUCAGUAUUUUCCGCUGCCGGUUCAAGAUUUGCUCUGGGAGCUGGCGCUGCCAGUGGGAACGGAUCGAGAUCACAGGUUUAGUAAUCCGUUGAUGGACAAAUCGAUUGAGAAGAAGCUGAAGAAUCUGGGGAGGUGUUUGGUUGUAGGGUUUGGAGGCGAUCCUUUGAUUGAUCGGCAGCAAGGGUUUGUUAAGAUGUUGGUGCAAGAGGGGGUGCCGGUGGAGGCGCGGUUCGAUGAUGUCGGAUUCCACGGGAUCGAUCUCAUUGACUCUCGGCGGGCGACCGCGAUUCUUACUUUUAUCAAAGACUUUGUUUGA